CUCCUCCAUGUUCAACUAAUAUAAUUCUACUAUUACUCCUCUUUGCAGGGUCAACAAUGCGGAAGUUUUAUGUGUGGGAUUAGUUUCAGUAGCAGUCUUAAUGCUUGUCAUGCCUCUCUUCAAAGAUACUGGGAGUUUAUUGCCUCAAAUGGAACCACCUAACAUUUCCGUCUUCAGCAUUGAGCAAAUGCUGGCAGCAGAUGUUACGGAAGUUUCCCAAGCCCACUUUUGGGAACUAGUACCUGGUCAUGCCAUUGGCUCAAUUUCACUACUGGUGAAGAAAGGAAUAGACGAUCGGCCAGUUCUUGAGAUCUCGCAUGAUUUGUGCCAUGAUUUGGGAACACAGCAAUUGGCAGUGCAGACUGGUAAUGAAUGAGGUUCGACCUUUUUCUUUCUUCCCUUUUUUGAAGUCCCUGGAUUUCUAAAAUGGCUGACUGAUGAGAAACUUCAUAACUGGUUCAUAACUGGAGUCACUUUCUCAAUACUAGAUAAAAAUGCCUUUGGAAAGGCACAUAUUGGGAUUUUUCAGAUUACAUGCUUUCUUUUGUACAUCAGAUGAUGAUGUGUUAAUUUACAUUGAGAAAUAGCCCUUUCAUUUCUAGACUUACACUUAUGUUUUAGUAUAAAGAGAAACUCCAAAG